CGCACAGCGGCUGGUUCCGACGCAUGCUGCUCUCCCCGAUGAAGGAGUCCAGACAGGAUACCAUCCAGCUGCACAGCGUUCCCCAUGACAUUCUGCAGCAGUGAGCAGCGGACAUGUUGGAGAUGGAAGAGAUUGUAAAGGUGUGUAAGGGUUUCCUGCGGGCCAACAUUGACUCCACCAACUGCCUCACCAUCUACCACGGGGCACAGCAGCUAUCCUUCAAUAAUCUGGCAGAGUAGUGUUUUGCCUUUGCACUGGAGCACUUCAACUGCGUCAGCUCGUCGGAGGGAUUUCUGAGCCUGGAUGCGACUGAGGUCACGCAACUGAUCAACUCUGACGAGCUGAACGUGGAGAAGGAGGAGCAGGUGGUUGCGGCAGUUGUGCGCUGGUUGGAUCAUUCUCCUGCUCCACGACUCCAGUACUUAGCGGAGAUGGCGCGACAUCUUCGAGUUGAUUUUUUGACGAACGAUUAUUUGGCUUCCCUCCCCGGCACUCCCGUUGGUCAACUGCUGCACGAGACUAUCAUGCCAAGCUCUGUACGCGAUAGCGCACCGCGCAACAGCUAUGGACCGGUCAUCGGUACUUUCUGGGUCGACAGGUGGCCCCAGAAUCCCACAGCGGGCAUUGCCUGCCGGGAUCCGCUGACUUCCACAAGCUGGAGUUUUUCUUGCUCCCUUCCGCCGAUUCAGAGUAUGAGUGAUGCGACUUUUGUCAUGAAGAACGAUUGCCUGCUCGUCUACGUUGUGGGAAAAACGGGCGGCGGCGAGAGCGCAGUCUGUCACCACCUGCAGGUGUACGAAGUCAAUCUGGAUGAGUGGAUGAUUUUAGCGACGCUUCCCGACCACGAGUACUGCAAGCCGGUCGUCAUUUGUGAUCAGGUGUACCGUGUAUGCGCUGGUUGACGGGAGGGUGUACGCGUACGAGGACGAGCGACAAUGUAUGACCGCCAGAGCACACAUGCCGUUGUUUGUGCGGGACAGUGCGAUUGUGGCGUACGAGGGCCGCUUGUACGUGUUUGGAGGACGUCAAAAGAAGCGGCAGCGGCUAACCAACUCCAUGAUGGCGGCAGUCGUUUACUGCUACAACCCUGCCAGCGACGUCUGGGAGGAGUUGGCGCCAGGGUGCAGUGCCUGCGUGGGCCCCGAUGGACUCAUCUAUGUCGCUGGCGGUCGUACCGAACAAUUUGCCAAGAAUUCAGCGCUGGCCUGUGUGGAGGCAUACGAUGUGCGGACGAACCAGUGGCAGCCGAAACAUUGGUGGACUGUAUUUAUGGCUUCGAGAUUGCCGUGGACGCUGACAACGCUCUUUUCCUGCUGAAGGCAGCGGACAUGCUGGAGAUGGGACAGAUUGUGGAGGCGUGUAAGAGCUUCCUGCGGGCCAACAUCGAUCUGACCAACUGGCUGACUAUCUGGCGCGGGGCCCGGCAGCUGUCCUGUCGGGAUUUGGCGGAGGAAUGUCUGGCAUUUGCACUGGAGCACUUCCACUGUAUAACCCCGUCGGAGGAGUUUCUGGAUAUGGAUGCGGCUGAAAUACAGCAGUUGAUUGGGUCCGACGAGCUGAACGUGGAGAAGGAGGAGCAGGUGGCUGCGGCGGUUGUACGUUGGCUGGAUCGUUCACCCGUAACCCGACUGCCGCACGCGGCGGACGCGUCGCGACAUAUUCGUGCAGGUUUGCUGACGGCCGACUACAUGGCUUCCCUUCCCGACACGUCCACUGGACAACACUUGCACCAGGCUAUCCAAUCGGUCCUUGCUCGCGACAGCGCCUCCACACUGCGGAACUCCUAUGAGCCAAUAAUGGUCUCACUGUGGGAUCACGGAACGGAUAAGCAUCGUACGGCUGGCAUUGCCUAUCUGGAUCCGCGGACGUUUAGAAGCUGGAGCGUGCCGUGCGCGCCUCCACCGAGCCGGUGGCGGCCUGAUGCGAUCUAUGCCGUCAAGAACGGUCGCCUGCUCGUCUACGUUGUGACGAAAAAGGAUGAUACGACCCAGCAACUACACGUGUACGAUGCCGGCGCGGAUCAGUGGACGUAUCUGACGGUGUUUCCCGUUCAACACCCUGCCAUGCCGCUGGCCGUCCUCCACGAGCAGGUGUUCGUGAUGGUGGACGGCCGAAUGUGCGCGUACGAUGAGGGGCUGCAACAAAUGAUUGUCCGCGCGCCAAUGCCGCUGUCCGUCUUCUUACCGUCCAGUGCGAUUGUCUCUUGCGAGAGCCGCAUCUACGUUUUUGGUGGGUAUUGCAGGAAUCGGCAGCUGCUCGGCAACUCCAUGACAGCGGACACCGCUUACUGCUACGAUCCGGCCCGCGACGUCUGGGAGGAGCUGGCACCGAUGCCGACAGCGCGCGCCCGUUGUAGCGCGUGCGUGGGCCCGGAUGGUCUCAUCUAAUUUCUGUACCUUUUGUUGUACUCGGCUAAAGAAAAUAACAGUUCCGUCUGGAUUUAAACUCCAAACGCAGUUUGAUAUCUUCCGCUUGAUAGGCGGCUGUACCAGUCG